AUGUUAAUUCCUACUUGCCUCAUCAAAUUCUGUGAACUAAUGUUGACAGUGGCGUGUCUAGUUUUGCACCACUACAGUUACGACCUGACAGACUUGCCCACACUGAUGCUAUGCUCCGGGACAUACGUCGGAUACAUGGUAGUUCUCUCCGGGGAAAUCGUUGGUGAAAUAGUAUCAGCGGCGGCGGAUGCGUACAUCGAUGCUUGGUGGUCGGGUACGGGCAGUUUGCUCUUUGCGGCAUGCGGCGGACUAACUCUUCAUUCGUGGCGCGACGUUCCCCCAUGUUCCCGCCGCAACUUUGCACAAUCUAUGGCAGUGUGUUCACUGGCCAACGCAUCACUACUUUUCAUUGAUGCGAUGCUGGCGAUCUGCUCCGCAUACAAAGUCGAAGGCAGCACCAUUACCCGUGCUAAUAAAAUUCCUAAAAGUGGUGGUAAUCAGUAA